AAAUAACUUCAUUUUACUUAAAAGUGUUAAUUUGAUCAUGCUAGUUGAUAGACCGUUAAUUACACAUGUUUUUACCCCUGUUCUUACACCGUUUGAGAUGUGGUUUCUCGUGUUUUAGACCGAUUUCACGCUAGGUUGUGCUUGUUUGUGAUAUUUCAGGUCCUGGCAAGUGAAUGAAGGUUUAGGAGCGAGCUCGGGGUCGAUUGGGUGAAGAUCGGGCGCGAGACAAGUCACAAGGGAGGUCACACGGGCUGCCCUGAUAUUCACACGGCCGUGUGAAGUAAUGGCCUGGCCGUGCGAGUUUUGCCGAGAGCACACACGGGCAAAGCAGAGGAUCGACACGGCCGUGUGAAGGAGUGGCUUGGCCGUGCGAGUUUUGCCGAGAGCAAACACGGGCAGAUGGAAGUCACACACGGCCGUGCCACUCUGGCCGUGUGAGAAGCCUGGAAUUCGACUAAGUGAUACGGUGCGUUUUGCCUCACACGGGCAACUGGGUAGGCCACACGGCCGUGUGGCCCUGCCCGUGUGAGUCGGGAUUUCCUGGUUUUAAGCCAAAUUCCGAACCAAAGAGGAGGAGAGCUGGGUUUUUGGAUCCCAAACACCCAAGGGACGAACCAAAGAGAGAGAGGGCGAUUUGAGGGCAUUCUUGGAGUAGAGAAGGAGGAUUUCUUCGCCUUGGAAGCUUGAGGAACAAGCCCGGACUUGAAGGCUGAUCAUCUGAAGAUUCUUACUGCAGUCUCUCUCUUCUCUAUGGAGUAACUUCCCUUGACUUAGGUUUUGAGGAACCCUGGCUAUGUUUGUUUGAUUGGAUGAUUGUAUGAGUACUCUGACUUGAUAAUCUUGAGUUCAUAUUCAAUAUAUGCAUGUUUUCAUGAUUCAAUUCUGCUUUAGUCGAGAUUAUUGAUUCUGCUUUGAUCCUAUGAGAGGGAAUACCUGAUUAGGUCAAUAGAGCACCAUAGAUUGAUAGUAGUGGAUCGAUUGCUUUAGUCGAGGGUUGAUUCACUGCUUUGUAUCGAUUGAGAACCCCUUUCGAUAGAGGGAGUCUAGUUCAGAACGCCUUGAUCAGUUGUUCUAGAGAAGGAUACGUCCCUCUAGGCAAUUGACUCAAGAGGGCCUUGUUCCUUUAGUCGAGACUCAAGGUCUAGUCAAGGAUUCUCCGCAUUGUGAAUGAAAGUGAAACAGGUUAGAGAUCAUCAAUCAUUAAUCUGGCUAGUGGCUAGGGGGAAUCAUACCUAAGUGAGUUCCCAACCUGUAAUUAGAUUAACUUAACUGUAGUUUGCUAGAGUAGUUUUAGUUCUUUCAUCUUAAUCUGAUUUGCUAAAUAAUAAACUGAAGCUGAGUAAUAGUAACUCUAGAGACCCGUGGAUUCGAUAUUUAUCACUUGAGCCACUAUACUGCAGUCCCUUUCAUUGGUUACACUUGGCCUUUGUUAGGUGUUGUGUUUUAGAGCAUCAAGUUUUUGGCGCCGUUGCCGGGGACUUUCUAGAGUAUUAGGAAAGGCAGAAGUUUGUUACUUUAGCGUUUUUCUUUUCUUUUCCACCCUUGCUUUUCACUUGGGUGUUUUUGUUUUUGUUGGUGCAGAUCUGAAUCAUGGAUCCUAAUGGCUUCUCCAAUCAUUGGGGGUAUCCACCACCAUCUGGGUGGUAUUACCCCGACACUCCCUGGAGCAAUCAAGGCGGAGAAGACUAUGGAUUCGGGUUCCAGUACCAACCCCCUUACUACGGAGAACAACCGGAACCCUGGGCAUAUCAAGAACAACCUCAUUACCAAGAAGAAUUUUUCCCACAACCAGAGGGGCCAUUGGAGCUGGAGUUACCCAUGGCGGCCUUCACGGGCCAUUCUGCAGAGCCAUGCUACACUCCACAGCCAGAUCCACACUAUGAAUUGAGACUUCUCAUGGAGCAGUUUGCUCGAGACUGUGAUAGAACAUGCUCCAGGAUGGAUCAUUGUGUCCAGGCCUAUCGUGAAACAGAGGAGAUCCUCCUGAGCCUUAAGAAGAGCGUCGAUGAUCUUGAGCGAUCUUGGGCACAGCCUGCUCCAGAUCACCCUUCUGCUACCAUACAAGAAGAGGAGGAGGAAGAAGAAGGCUACAAGGACAUUGUGGAGCACACUGAAGUUGUCACGGAGAGCUCCCGUGAUGAUCAUGAUCAGGAGUGUCCUGUCGUAGCCGACCGCACCUUCCCACACCCCAAACUCCGCUUUGAAGAGGCGGGCAUGAGUGAGGAGUUGCAAGAAGAUCUCAUGAAAGAAAUUGCUUGGCAACUUGCUCUCCAAUCCGUGCUAGAAGAAGAAGAGCAACAAAGGGUGCAGAAAGAAGUUGUGGAGGAUGACGAAAGUGAAGCAGGAGGAGUUCUUGAUCAUUUCCUAGGGGUGAUACCACAUGAAGAAGAAAGGGGGGUUGAAGAAGCAAUUGGCGUCCAGGCUGAGGACGGAGUUAAGGUGGAAGAGGCCUGCACCGGCCAUGAGUUACAUGUGAUAUCUCCACCAAACUUCGAGGAACUGCUUAGCAAGGACCCAUUUGCAGUGUCUCUUUGCCAGACCAAGGCCACCUCGACAUCGGUCCCUCUUGGUGGACGCGAUGGUGGCCAAUCGAUGCUGUCAUAUCUGGUUUGGGGCAAUGAGACGAGAGAAGAGAAGGAGAGGUCUCGAGGGUGGAGACUUCAUCUACAUCAAGUACAUGAGCCUUCAUCACCUACCACACCACAUGCUCGUGACUUGAGACUCCACCUCAUCGACGAGAACCUCAACUUCAAGGAGGUUCUAGCAUGGACCGAAACUUAGGAGCCAUCGUCCGGCUCACGACGUGAAAGAAGCGCUUGUUGGGAGGCAACCCAACCAGUCGGUUUGCAUUUCUUUCUCUAUUUCUCCUCGGUUGAGUCAGUUUUGCUAUUUGAUUUUAGAGUCAAUAACUCAACCUUUGUGAGAUUUUGUGUGGUGUUUGUGUUCUGAUUACUCUCUCUUUCUGGAUGGCACCGCCUGACCCGUUCAUCAUCAUUCACCCUUGAUCUGGUAACUUCGUUCUACCCUCCUUAUCUUUCCUCCAUUGAGGACAAUGUCGUGCUUAAGUGUGGGGGGAUGUUCGAUUAUGUAUGCGGGUGAAUGUUUGGCUGUUUGUGUGCUUGGAGCCUAGUCCACUAUCCAAAUUUUUAAAUUUGAGGGCUCCAAGUACGUGUUCCUUGCAAUUGCCUGCUCAGUAUGCUUUGAAUUGACAGUCUUUGUAGUGAUAUGCAACCUAGGGAGGUAGUGUAGCACUAUGGAGGAUGUUGAUGCAUUUAAGAAGUCUCAUUUCUUCUUCAUAUUGUGUUGGUUGAUUGAGUGAAUUAGUGAUCUUAGGACCCUUGAAUUGUGUGGUGUUGUGGAUUCUCUGCCUGUCAUGGACUCUUGUGUCAUGUUUUGAAAAUAACAGGUGCUCGAAAAUGUGCUUCAAAAUAAAUGUCUCCCGUGCGAAUAGGGCGAAAGUGUGUAAGGGGAGACGGGAAUCCGUUCCCAAUUUCCACCUACUACCUCCAGCCCCCUUACAUGUCUUUCCCCCGCACGAGGCUCGAGACAUCCGCUCCUGGCAUGGCCGGUAAGAGCAGGUUGGGACCCUUGGAAAAAAAAGAAAAGAAAAAAAUAACAGAAAACAAGCAAAACAGAAAGAAAAGGGGUUCCAACCAUCUUCAAGAAGAAAAAAAAAGAGAGCACCUUGAAAAAUGUGAGUCCAUGAUCUUUCGUUUUUGAGAAUCUCUUCAUCCACAAUUCAUUUGUCCUCUGUUCACUAUUUUCCAUGAUGCCGACUCGAUACUAGUGCUCUCGCCGAAGAAGCUAUGAGAUGACUUGUGCGUUGGUUGACCUCGUAAGUUGCUAAAUGAUCUAGGAAGUCCUCUACCUACGAUCUGGGUUGUUUGUUGCUAUAGAGGUCUGGAGAGCUACAUUGGUUUGAGUUAGGUUUGCUUGGGGACAAGCAAACGGUUAAGUGUGGGGGAGUUUGAUAGACCGUUAAUUACACAUGUUUUUACCCCUGUUCUUACACCGUUUGAGAUGUGGUUUCUCGUGUUUUAGACCGAUUUCACGCUAGGUUGUGCUUGUUUGUGAUAUUUCAGGUCCUGGCAAGUGAAUGAAGGUUUAGGAGCGAGCUCGGGGUCGAUUGGGUGAAGAUCGGGCGCGAGACAAGUCACAAGGGAGGUCACACGGGCUGCCCUGAUAUUCACACGGCCGUGUGAAGUAAUGGCCUGGCCGUGCGAGUUUUGCCGAGAGCACACACGGGCAGAGCAGAGGAUCGACACGGCCGUGUGAAGGAGUGGCUUGGCCGUGCGAGUUUUGCCGAGAGCAAACACGGGCAGAUGGAAGUCACACACGGCCGUGCCACUCUGGCCGUGUGAGAAGCCUGGAAUUCGACUAAGUGAUACGGUGCGUUUUGCCUCACACGGGCAACUGGGUAGGCCACACGGCCGUGUGGCCCUGCCCGUGUGAGUCGGGAUUUCCUGGUUUUAAGCCAAAUUCCGAACCAAAGAGGAGGAGAGCUGGGUUUUUGGAUCCCAAACACCCAAGGGACGAACCAAAGGGAGAGAGGGCGAUUUGAGGGCAUUCUUGGAGUAGAGAAGGAGGAUUUCUUCGCCUUAGAAGCUUGAGGAACAAGCCCGGACUUGAAGACUGAUCAUCUGAAGAUUCUUACUGCAGUCUCUCUCUUCUCUAUGGAGUAACUUCCCUUCACUUAGGUUUUGAGGAACCCUAGCUAUGUUUGUUUGAUUGGAUGAUUGUAUGAGUACUCUGACUUGAUAAUCUUGAGUUCAUAUUCAAUCUAUGCAUGUUUUCAUGAUUCAAUUCUGCUUUAGUCGAGAUUAUUGAUUCUGCUUUGAUCCUAUGAGAGGGAAUACCUGAUUAGGUCAAUAGAGCACCAUAGAUUGAUAGUAGUGGAUCGAUUGCUUUAGUCGAGGGUUGAUUCACUGCUUUGUAUCGAUUGAGAACCCCUUUCGAUAGAGGGAGUCUAGUUCAGAACGCCUUGAUCAGUUGUUCUAGAGAAGGAUACGUCCCUCUAGGCAAUUGACUCAAGAGGGCCUGGUUCCUUUAGUCGAGACUCAAGGUCUAGUCAAGGAUUCUCCGCAUUGUGAAUGAAAGUGAAACAGGUUAGAGAUCAUCAAUCAUUAAUCUGGCUAGUGGCUAGGGGGAAUCAUACCUAAGUGAGUUCCCAACCUGUAAUUAGAUUAACUUAACUGUAGUUUGCUAGAGUAGUUUUAGUUCUUUCAUCUUAAUCUGAUUUGCUAAAUAAUAAACUGAAGCUGAGUAA